UGCCAGGAGCAGGCCUUACACAAGUGUGUAAGACAGGAGCAGGCCUUACACCAGUGUCAGCAGAUCCUCCACCAGUGUGUCAGACAGGAGCAGGCCUUACACAGGUGUGUCAGACAGGAGCAGGCCUUACACCAGUGUCAGCAGAUUCUCCGACAAUGUGUCUGACAUGAGCAGGCCUUACACCAGUGUCAGCAGAUCCUCCACAAGUGUGUCAGAUAGGAGCAGGCCUUACACAGGUGUGUCAGACAGGAGCAGGCCUUACACCAGUGUCAGCAGAUUCUCCGACAGUGUGUCUGACAUGAGCAGGCCUUACACCAGUGUCUGCAGAUCCUCCGACAGUGUCUCUGACAGGAGCAGGCCUUACACCAGUGUCAGCAGAUCCUCCACAAGUGUGUCAGACAGGAGCAGGCCUUACACAAAUAUGUCAGACAGUAGCAGGCCUUACACCAGUGUGUCAGACAGGAGCUGGCCUUACACCAGUGUGUCACACAGGAGCAGGCCUUACACCAGUGUGUCUGACAGGAGCAGGCCUUACACCAGUGUCAGCAGAUCCCCCACCAGUGUGUCAGACAGGAGCAGGUCUUACACAGGUGUGUCAGACAGGAGCAGACCUUACACCAGUGUGACAGACAGGAGCAGGCCUUACACCAGUGUGUCACACAGGAGCAGGCCUUACACAAGUGUGUCUGACAGGAGCAGGCCUUACACCAGUGUGUCAGACAGGUGCAGGCCUUACUCCAGUGUGUCUGACAGAAGCAGGCCUUACACCAGUGUGUCAGACAGGACCAGGCCUUACACAGGUGUGUCAGACAGGAGCAGACCUUACACCAGUGUCAGCAGAUCCUCCACCAGUAUGUCAGAUAGGAGCAGGCCUUACACAGGUGUGUCAGAUAGGAGCAUGCCUUACACCAGUGUGUCUAACAGGAGCAGGCCUUACACCAGUGUCAGCAGAUUCUCCACCAGUGUGUCAGACAGGAGCAGGCCUUACACAGGUGUGUCAGAUAGGAGCAUGCCUUACACCAGUGUGUCUAACAGGAGCAGGCCUUACACCAGUGUCAGCAGAUCCUCCACCAGUGUGUCAGACAGGAGCAGGCCUUACACCAGUGUCAGCAGAUUCUCCGACAGUGUGUCUGACAUGAGCAGGCCUUACACCAGUGUCAGCAGAUCCUCCACAAGUGUGUCAGAUAGGAGCAGGCCUUACACAGGUGUGUCAGACAGGAGCAGGCCUUACACCAGUGUCAGCAGAUUCUCCGACAGUGUGUCUGACAUGAGCAGGCCUUACACCAGUGUCUGCAGAUCCUCCGACAGUGUGUCUGACAGGAGCAGGCCUUACACCAGUGUCAGCAGAUCCUCCACCAGUGUGUCAGACAGGAGCAGGCCUUACACAGGUGUGUCAGACAGGAGCAGGCCUUACACCAGUGUCAGCAGAUUCUCCGACAGUGUGUCUGACAUGAGCAGGCCUUACACCAGUGUCUGCAGAUCCUCCGACAGUGUGUCUGACAGGAGCAGGCCUUACACCAGUGUCAGCAGAUCCUCCACAAAUAUGUCAGACAGUAGCAGGCCUUACACAGGUGUGUCAGACAGGAGCAGGCCUUACACCAGUGUGUCACACAGGAGCAGGCCUUACACCAGUGUGUCUGACAGGAGCAGGCCUUACACCAGUGUCAGCAGAUCCCCCACCAGUGUGUCAGACAGGAGCAGGUCUUACACAGGUGUGUCAGACAGGAGCAGACCUUACACCAGUGUGACAGACAGGAGCAGGCCUUACACCAGUGUGUCACACAGGAGCAGGCCUUACACAAGUGUGUCUGACAGGAGCAGGCCUUACACCAGUGUGUCAGACAGGUGCAGGCCUAACACCAGUGUGUCUGACAGAAGCAGGCCUUACACCAGUGUGUCAGACAGGACCAGGCCUUACACAGGUGUGUCAGACAGGAGCAGACCUUACACCAGUGUCAGCAGAUCCUCCACCAGUGUGUCAGAUAGGAGCAGGCCUUACACAGGUGUGUAAGACAGGAGCAGGCCUUACACCAGUGUCAGCAGAUUCUCCACCAGUGUGUCAGACAGGAGCAGGCCUUACACAGGUGUGUCAGAUAGGAGCAUGCCUUACACCAGUGUGUCUAACAGGAGCAGGCCUUACACCAGUGUCAGCAGAUCCUCCACCAGUGUGUCUGACAGGAGCAGGCCUUACACAGGUGUGUCAGACAGGAGCAGACCUUACACCAGUGUCAGCAGAUUCUCCGACAGUGUGUCUGACAUGAGCAGGCCUUACACCAGUGUCAGCAGAACCUCCACCAGUGUGUCAGAUAGGAGCA